AUGACGAUAUCGAUAGAAGAUGAUAUGAAUGUGGAGCCACUUGAGAUAAGAAGACAAAUAACGGGUAAUCCACAACUGGACAAUUUACUAGUGAAAUCAGUGGCCAUGAGAUUAAAACCAGUGAAUUUACAUACACAGCUUCCCAAUUCUGCAUUCGAUUAUCUUAUUUACCUGAUGGACGUCCAAUUGAAUGAUCUGAUAAAACAACUGGGGAGAUUAUCUCUCUUACAGAGGCGAAAUAGUAACGCUACAAAAUCAGAUAUAUUGUUGUUACUGAAAGGCUUCAAUCUAAGUGAAUCUGAAUUGAACACUGAAUUGGAAAUUUCAAAUCAUAUCAAGAGACUUUACUCUGAAGAUGAAAAGAAAUUGUCAGAGGAUUCUAUUCAUUAUAAUCAACAUACAGAUUUCGUUGGGCCGGUGGAAACAUCUUCUUUCCAGUUACUGAAUCCAACAAAUCCUUUAAAGGACGCAAUACCGUCUUGGUUUCCUAGCUUACCCCCUGAUCAUACGUAUAAAUUUACACCGAAAUACAAUAAUUUUAUCAACGAUCCAAAGAUAAUCAAACAAAAGAGAUUUGAUGAAAGUAAAACGGUUAAAACUGCAUUAUUCAAUCUUAUAAAUAAAAUCGAAUCCAACGAAGAGAGAAAUGAUCUACAUUAUGAUGAAACAUUGGCAAAAUUAGAAUCACAAGCAUUGUUUGGCACUGUAGAAGAAAAAAUGAAUACAAAUAAAAAAGUUUACAAAUCUUUAAACUCAAUCAUAGUUCCAAUAACGAAGUUUGACAUUGAAGAAUACUCGCAUAAGAGAGUCAAUAUUGCAAGAAAUAAAGUGUCCAAAUUUGAAAAUAAAAUGUUAGCGUUAAAAUACAAUCCAUUCAUAAACUUGAUUAACGAUCAAACUGAUGUCAAAUCAUAUCUAAAUAGGUCUUUCCAACUAAUGAUAAAUAGUAUCCCAGAAUUAACUUUAGAAAAGAAAAAAGCCAUCAGACAAGCUGAGAUUGAACGAGAUGAGAGGAUAAACAGACUGAGAGAAGACCAUCAAACUAAAUUAAAACAAAUAGAUACAAUAUCCCAUGACAUUCUCGGCACUGCUGCAGAUGAAAUGGACGAAAAGACUAUGGACGAUAUAGAUCUCUUCAGUGCGUUGGAAUUGGAUGCUGUCACUAAGGGUGAAGAAGACUUCAAGUCUACGGAAGAAGAGCAUCCCACCGCUGCCAGUAAUGAUCAGCCUCGCCCCGCAGCCGUGUCCAGCGAGCAGGAAGAAACCAAACAAACUCACGCUGCUGAAGAAGAAGAUGAGAAAGAAGGCCCUGCAGAUUUCCUAUUUGAAGAUGUAGACAUGCAAGAAGAUAUAGAAAUAUAG